CUAUAAUGUGUGUCGGAGAGAGGCUAAGAGAUGCGUUCUGUUUCCACGUCUGCUUUUGCGCCGUGGUUCUGUGGGGUUUGAUGGAUUCCGUGCUUUUUGCUGGUCUCUUUGUAUUUGGCAGUGCUGUCUUGGGCGACAACAAAGGAAGGAUAGCUAGUGUAAUUUUAGUUGUUUUGGACAUGUAGGAGCUCACUGUUGACACGGCAGUUUUUCCGAAGUUAAUAUUUCGUGUUGGGUCUGCUGUGUUCGGUUAAAUGCCGCCGACGUUACUUAAAUUCAGAUGGUUUUCGAUGGUAAUCCGGCGCGUUGGGGUCUUUAUGUUCAUCGGUACUGCUGAAUUAGGGCGCGUUUCGGCUCAAACUUGGGAUCAACGUGAUUUCACUGUAAAUCGGUCAAUUUUCUGGUCAACUGCGGACUGUUACAGAGAAUGAAAAUUGUGACGCAGUUGUGUAAAACAUCUUUCAUUGCCUACUGCAGCAGUGCUGUCGGGUUUUGCGGCACCUACAUGAGCUACUGCAAAACGUCUGCGCAACGCUUUUGCGCUAGCAGGCAUGUAAUGUUAAUUUUUUUUGAAACAACGUAAAAUGCAUUCAAUCAGUUGGGGUAAAUGUUGGGGGGGUAGAGGGGUCUGAAAGAAAUAGUUGUUCGUUAAGCGUAUGGGAAUUGUAGUUUAAUAUCCCACACUGAGCCGGGCUUUUAACGGCCUCGUUAGAGGAAAUGGACUACAACGCCCAUACGCCCAACUCUCUAGAUACUUUGUAAACUCUGUGCAAGUUGCGCGUCUGCACUGCUAUUUUAGGUAUGCAGCUAAUGCUAUCUGCUCGGCUCCGUGUGUGUUGGUUUGCCUGGUUUUGGCCUCUAGAAAUAAAUUAAAAGCGUCGGUAUUCGGUGACAGCUUCUGAACGGGAAUGCAAAGAAGCCGUCUGGCAGCAAGGUAGCGCGCACGAUCGAGUAUUUUCGAGUUUCCACGUCUUUCGAGGAAUGCAGUGAGCAAUGAGUGUCGCUCCCUCAUCUAAAUUUUCAACUGAAUUCCCACUUGACUACACUGGCCAGCAUCCAUAAGAUCCACCACACCUUGCACAGGCUGAACCUGACAGAAGACGUUGGACAGGACAGCCAUCCCUCAGCUUGCUGCUCCAGAGCCAUGCCUCCUAGGAAAAAGAGGAGACCCUCUGCCGGAGAUGACAUGUCGGCCAAGAAAAGUCGCCAGGACAGUGUUUACAGAAAACAUGACACGUCACAAAUUCGCGAGGAGGAGACUUUUUCUAGUAAAAGAUGCUUGGAGUGGUUCUAUGAAUAUGCAGGCUGUGACGAUGUGGUGGGUCCGGAGGGCAUGGAGAAGUUCUGUGAGGACAUUGGAGUGGAGCCAGAGAACGUGGUGAUGCUGGUUCUUGCAUGGAAGCUGGAUGCCCAGAGUAUGGGAUAUUUUACUCUUCAGGAGUGGCUGAGAGGCAUGGGCUCACUGCAGUGCGAUUCCACAGAGAGGCUGAGGAACUCGCUCGACUACCUGAGAUCUGUCCUAAAUGACAGCACCAGUUUUAAACUCAUUUAUAGAUAUGCCUUUGAUUUUGCUCGGGAAAAGGAUCAGAGGAGUUUGGACUUGAACACAGCCAAGUGUAUGUUGGGGCUUCUUCUGGGAAAGACGUGGCCUCUGUUUCCUGUGUUUAAUCAGUUUCUAGAGCAAUCCAAGUACAAAGUCAUCAACAAAGACCAAUGGUGCAAUGUGUUAGAGUUCAGCAGGACAAUCAACCUGGACCUCAGUAACUACGAUGAGGACGGUGCCUGGCCAGUUUUGUUGGACGAGUUUGUAGAAUGGUACAAGGAAAGACAGAUGUCAUAGCUGCAGAGCGGAAUGGCAAAUGGGGGAAAAAAUACAACUGUGACAACAACGACUCUGAGAAAUCAACAACCAACAAGUAAAACAAUACAAAAAGCAGUGACAGUGGGUGCUUCCUGGGAAAGGAGGGGUUCAGGCUGCGGGUGGGCUUGGGUGGGGGCGCUGGGUUUUGCAGGCUGGGUGCAAUGCUGCCCAGAGCGUGGAGGGGCUGUCAUAGCAGAGUUAUGUUCCCUACCGAAGUUGCAUAGUGGGCAAGCUUGCAGCAAUCCCCAGCGGCAUUGCUCUCUCUCACUGUGACAUGUCAUAUUGCUGUGUGUGUUAGGAUAACAUGGUAUCAUACAUGGAUGAUGGAAGCAGAAUGGUUUUGUGUGGGAGAGCCACUCCUCACCCCUUGUCUUCAGCACAGAGAAACCAACAGAAGUGACCAUUCAUGGAUUGUGUCUGAGUCUUAAAUGGGGUCACUUUGACCUGGGCACAUUAAAGUAUUAUGUAUCUGUGCAAUGAACUUGAACUUGAGCUUUUCUGGACAGAUGGCACUAUUACAUACUAACUAUUGUUUGUCAUAUUUUGGUUUGAUAGGAUUACUUCAAGAAGCACACUGUGUCAAAUGGUUGAUUGCAGGAUUCUGAUGCCUGUGCUGUUUACUAUUGAUUUGUGCCAGUUAUUUCUUUUCCCUCCAGUUUUUGUUCCUGAUUGCUGUUUUGCUCUAGCUAGCGCUAACUGUUUGCAAACCCCCUGCAAAGGCUUCAGACCUCAUAACACCAAACAAAUCAGCGUUGCUGCUUACUAACUCUUAUUACAGUACAGCGGUGAGCCACUAGUGCUCUGAUCAGCAUUUAUUGGUCCGAUGACCAAUUAAUGUAUCUACGUUGUGUAGGUAAGAGUAUUAUUGUGCCUCAAAACAUGGAAGUCACUUUGUGUGUCCCACACACAUACCAACAAAACCCAAAUGUAUAUACACGUGUGAGAAUACAUACAGAACACACGCACAUGCACACACAGACACACUGAGUGGUCAGGGAUUAUUUCAGGAUGAAUUCAGACUGUUUGGGCUGUGUUAUAAGUUGACAUAGAGCUAGUUGGUGUCCAUUUUGUCUUGAUAUGUGACAUCUGUUUGUCUUCCUUAGUCCACUGAUAGUUUCAGGUCUCUCUUACCAGUAGCAUCUCUCCCAACACUGACAGUGUUAAUAUAACUGCAGUGGAAGACCAGUGACCCUCUCAGGACGAGGUCCGUUAGGCUUGAGUAGUGAGUUAGGUUUGCUGAAAGCAUUGCUUCAUACCACCCAUAGGAUGUAAUCAAAACAGUGGACACUGACAGUUUGGAACUGUGUGAUGAUGCUAUGCUGUUCUUUUCGCCUAGUAUAAUGUUCUUGUAACACAUGUAUAAAUUUUUGUCUUUGGCUGUGAUGUGAUGCUGAAUUGUCAGAAGAUUUAAUAUUUGCAUGCAUGCUCCAACAAGAGCCUUUUGUGAAUGGAUGAGAUUUUUUGAAAACAUUUUUCAAACAUGUUUUUGUUUUGUACAGGAAUUUGUGCAAGUGUUUUGUGCUUAAUUUGAUAGACACAAUCAUGUUAUUUUAAUUCUGAUAGAAAAACAUGAUUGUGUCUAUUAAGACCUGGAACACACCUGUAACCUCACGGUGGAACAGGAGUUCCCUCCUGCAUUUACCCCAUCUCACACAUCCUCACACAUGCUGUAAAGCUCUGACAAGCUGCAGCCAGUGCGUGAGAUCUCAUUUUAUUUAUUGGAAUUACAUACAGUAACUUGUUUUGCAACUUUUGCACCACACUGUCAUGAUACGCACCAAAUACACAUCAAAAUUGGUUAUGAAGUCACAAGCUUUCAUUGAAAUCCACCGCAGCUGAAAACUAUGAAAACCUCUACUGUCAUCACAACACGUCAAUCAUCAGCAAACUCUAAGAUUGAAGUAGUUGUUGGGUUGCUUACCAAAUACUGUGUAGAGAUCAAUGUUUUAGUAUUCUCCCAUGACAAUGCAGGAGGAUGAACAGCCUUGUCCCAACUGUAUAUAUGUAUGUAAACUAUGUAAGUGUCUAUAUGUCUGUUUUCACUAUAACCUAUGUCUAUAUACAUAAAUAAAAGGGUUUAUUAACUUA